AUGGCCAAUAGCUUAUACGACGGCGCCCUGAAGACCACCAUCACCCGUUUCCUCGAGACCUUCGCCGUCCGUAUUGACGAGGACAACUUUGGCUACAACGCCGCAGAUGUUUUGGGUGUCGAGUGGGCGCCGUCGCAGACCGCCCCUGUCGGUAGCGUACCCGGCAUUAAGGUGCCACUCCUGGCGAUGGGGAACACCGGGCACUACGAGUAUCUCAACGCCGAGAAAAUCUACCUGGCCGCCACUACCAGCGACAAGAGCAUCGCUUUCGUCGAGGGGGACCCAGCACACCAUCGAUACGUGCACUGA